GUGUGUUUUCCUGUUCAUCAGUUCUGGAUUCUCUGCUUUUUAAGUCUACCGAACAUGAAACCAUUCAAAGUAUUCUGCUAAAGAACAUUGUCAACCCUCUCCGCAAACAAGGUUUUGUAUCCGAGCGCAGUGUGAUGAAUCUUCGGAAACAAUUACAGAAACGGGAACACUGCCCCACUUACACCACAGAUGAGAAGGAUCCCGAGGAGUUCCUUACUCUCAUCAUGCAAGAGAUUCUCUCUCUAGAUCCGCCACUCAAACUCUGCAGCCAAUCAGGAAGUAGACAAAAAGUGCAAAGCUGUUACUACUACCAAAUCUUUAUGGAUUAUAACCACCAUUUAGUCCUGCCGACGGUUCAACAGCUACUAGAACAUUCGUUUUACAGCAACAGUCUCAAACUAGCAGAGGUGCCUGCCUGUCUGAUUCUUACUAUGCCUCGCUCAGGGAAGAGUUUCAAAAUGUUUCCAAAAAUAAUUCCCUCUACAGAACUGGACAUCACAGGUCUUCUCGCGGAUGGUCCUCAGCAGUGUGUGUUGUGUGGGCAGCUAGCAAAUGAGGAGUGUGCUGAGUGCUUCAGAGACACAGUGAUUAGUGAUACAGGAUUCAAAUAUUUCUGUGUGAAAUGUUCCGCUCAGGUGCACUCUCACCAGCAGCGUCGAUGCCACAAACCCGGCAGCCUGCUUCUUCCUCAGGGCUUCUCUUACUCACAGAGUUCAGGGUCUGAUCGCCGCACUCCUCCACGGGAGAAACUCGAGCUGUUUGCUGUACUGUGUAUAGAGACCAGCCACUAUGUCUCUUUCAUCAAAUACGGACCUCAGGAUACUGACUGGAUCUUCUUUGAUAGUAUGGCUGACCGUGUUGGUGAAAUUGAUGGCUAUAAUAUCCCAGAAGUGCGGGCAUGUCCUGAGGUUGGCCAGUACCUACAUAUGCCUCUGGCUCAGCUGGCAAAUCAAGUGCCUCGAGAGAUGGAAGGUGUGGCGAAGCGACUCUUCUGCGACGGUUACAUGUACCUUUAUCAGAGCAAGACCAUGUCUCUAUAUCGAUGAUUAAAUCAACAAAUACGGUUCAUGUCAAUAACUGAGAAUGUGCAAUCUGAUUAUCUAUGACUAGGGUCUGCUUAGUAAUGCCUUCUAAUAAUGAUAUGUUCUUUUCAAGGGAAAUCAUGAAACUAUAUGCUUCUGCUCCAUAUUUGAGCAUUUAUCGGUCAAAUAUUUACACUUUCUGUUGGAAUUAUUUACUUUCUGUGUGGCAUUGCCAUAUUGGAUUGCCUGGGUGGGUGGUACAUGCUCUUUUAAACAUGCUGGAUGAAGAUGGUGCAGCUGAUAUCCUUGAUUUAGUGAUUUAGACUUGAAUAAAUCUACUCAAAUUGUCAAAGUGCCUUUUAUGUAUAUAAGAAAUAAUAAUAUUAUCAUUUUCUAAUCUUACUUAAAUGGAAAGAGUUUUUAUAUUUUCUAUUCAAAUGCGUAUUGCUGAACUGUGAGCAGACCUGUGUAGCUUGCUGCCUAACUCGUGUUAGUAGAAAAGGGGGUCAAGACAUUUUUGUUUACAUUUAAAACUGACAAGAUAAAGAUUUUGUUUCUAUAACUAUGAAGUUGAUGGCUUGCAUAACUUAAUUGUAUUGGUUCUUGAGGUCCAUUUAAUAAUUCUGUAUGGAGCUCUCUGGCUACUGAAUAUUAUUGUGAGCAAUACUGUAUGUAAUCACUGCGUCAUCAAUUAUCUGUCAAAGUAUUUUGAUUAUGCUUUUUCUUGAAUUAGUUUGUUUUAGUGUAUUUGAUUUAAUUCCAAUGAAAAAGAUCAACUAAAAAAGAAAUGUGUCUUGACAGGAAUUACAUCCUCUACGUCCUCUUUCGCUCUCUUCGUGUGUGUUUGUGUGAGAGACUUAGAUCUCAGCUCAUUACAUUCCUUCCCUUACCACACAGGAAUAAACCUGGAUGAGACUUUGCUUGUGUUUUUCGUUACAUCAUCGUAAACUGUAACUGAUGGAACAGUAGCUGUUUAGACUGCAAGAGGUGGAAAGGACUCACGACAACACUGCACUGAAAUCUUAAAUUAAGACUGGAUAAGUAAAAGUGAUUUGGAAUAAUCUGUGCUGUGCUAAUAAUACACUUGGAUGUAGGCACUUUAAGUGCCUUAAGCAACAGGCUUCACUGU